AUGCCUCGACCCAAGAAGUCAAAGGCCGAAGAUCUAGCUCGAGUCCGCAAUAACCAGCGAAAGUGCCGGGAACGCAGGCGAGAUUACCUUGCAGAGCUCGAGCAGAAACUGGAGCUUUAUGAAAAUGAAAGAAUUCAAUGUAGUGCGGACUUUGCGAAGCUUCAAGCUACAGCACAUACACUUCGACAGGAGAACGAAAUACUGAGAAAAUUACUUCGCUUAUCGAACAUCAGUGAAAAUGAUCAAAGCAAUAGUCUCGCAGAUGGGGCGAAUGAUCUUGAGAUAGAUCGCGAAGAUCUCUUGAAUCAAACGCAAAGGAUUUCACGCGUUAAUGCUGAGCCUGGAAUUCUCCAAAGGGAGGUUUCUGAAGAGGAGACAUUAUAUGAGCUCCCUAGCCGUGACGAAAACUCUCUACUACUCAAUUCAAACGGUGCUGAAGUCGACAAUUUUAUCGCCAGUGACCGAAUUCUCUCCGGCUCUACUACAUCCAUAUAUGACGCGAAAGUCAAUACGCCUACUUCAUCCUUUCCGAUUUUACCACAUUUCUGGUCACCUAUAUGCACAACAGAGCUCAAGGCAUCGACCAGCACUAGUUCCCAAGCUAUAUCUUCUCUAACACUUUGGCCUGUGUUGACCGAUGAAAUGGCUAGUGAGGAUAGAACCAUCCUUUGUUCUAUUGCUUAUCGACUGAUCCUGCAAUCCAACAAGAGACGAUACAGUGAAUCAGAAAUUGAUAGCAAGCUUUGUCGUGGCUUCAGACAGGGUCGCACACAAUCAGAGAAGUGUAGGGUUGAUAAUGAGGUUCUGUUUGCCCUUCUUUCUGAGAUAUCAUCUUGA